CCCAGCCCCAGGACAUUGCUGUUCUACAGGAUGAAGCUUAUGUCUUACUUCCUUCUCAUUCUCAUCCUCCUUCUCCAGCUGAUGAUCCCAAGGUAUGCUCAGUGUUCCUUGGACUCCAUCAUGGAUACAAAGAUAAAGGAAGCUCUCACUGGCUUAGCAAAGAAGAUUUCAUGUACCAGUAUCUUUAGCUCAGGCAGACUGUCUUCCUGCCCUGCAGGAAUGGUUGUCACCAGCUGUGCUUGUGGCUAUGGCUGUGGUUCCUGGGAUAUCCAGGGAGAAACCACAUGCCACUGCCAGUGCAGCACUAUAGACUGGACCACUUCCCGCUGCUGCCACCCGACCUGAGGGGGAGGAGGAUGAGAACCCAACUGUGUGACCAUCACAGUAAUGAAACUACACAUCAAACAGGAAACCUGACUCAAACUGUCCCUUUCAUUUGUUACAGUCUGC